AUGAUAAAUAAUGGAAAGAUAUCAAGAAAAAAGUUUCCACUAUAUAAUAUCAGAAAACUUUUCUUAGGAAGGAAACUUUUUUUGAAUAAGUUCAAAAGAUCUUUUUGUAUUCAAGAAGGAGAAUUAAUAAUCAAAACAAAAACAAAAAAUAAAAACAACCGAACAGGUAUUGAAAAAAUGAAAUAUAAAUUAACGAAAUUAUAUGGUCGUAAAAAAUAUUAUGAUAAAGUUAAGAAAAUUAAAUUAUGUAGUAAAAGGAAAAUAAUAAAACAUAAAAAAAAAAGUACUAUGCUAAUUAACAAAGAAUUACAAAAUGAUAAAAUUUUUAAAACUGAAAUGACUAGUAAUAAUAAUAAUAAUAAUAAUAAUAAUAGUGAUAUUAAUAAUAAUAAUAAUCAUCAUCAUAAUAAUCAUGAUUAUAAUAAAAAUGAAAAAGUAAAAUGUAAGUAUAGCAUUUGUAACAAGGAGGAUAGUAAUAAUAAAGAAUCCUAUACAAACCAUAUUAUUUUAAAUAACAAGAACAACUGUAUUGAGGAUGUAUCUAAAAUUCACAAUAUAUGUAAUGAAAUCUUUAGAAUAGAAUAUACAACAGAUACGUUAGAUAAAAAGAACACAGAAAAUUAUAAUUCUGUAGUUGAAAAUAAUAUAUUAGAAAAUCCAAUUAAUCAAAAACAUAAUGAAAAAGUAACGUAUAUAAAUACCUUUAAAAAUAAAAAAGAAUCAAUACCAUUUGUUGUUAAUAAAGAAUUUGGGACAUUCUUUGCUUCAACAUUUAUUGACAUAAAAUAUACUAUUGUUAAUUGUAAUGCUUGUUUUCAAAAUAUUUUUACUAAUUUAUUUAACGAAUAUAUGUUUUUAAAAAAAUACCUGAACCGUAAUUAUUAUGCAUAUCAUAAAUUGAAAUUCUUUUUUAGUUGUACACAUUUUAUUAAAAAGUUAAGAUAUCUCCUGUCUAUAUUUUAUGAUGUUGUAUACAAGAAGGAUGAGCAUUUAAUGCUAGAUUUAUAUAGCGAAGUAAAAAACAGCAUACGAUUGCUAUAUUAUGUUGGGAGAAGGUUGUCAAAUUAUUUAACCUGUAUAGCUUAUGUAAAAAUGAUAUAUAUAAUUAUUGUUUGUAUAGCAAGGGUUCAUACCAUAUUAAAUUGUAUUCUUAUGUCAGAACCCUUUAAAAGUGUUAUACCACAAAUGUUAAGCAUAUUGUAUCAGAUAAAAACAUAA